AUGAAAAGUUUCGAGGUGGGGACGUCUCUUUCGGGGUCUGGCUGCCAAUUCACGGAGUUUUCCUGUGGAAAUGGAAACUGUAUAAGUCUGAACAAAUUCUGUGAUGGAAGGGACGACUGUGGAAAUGGAAAUGACGAAGCCCUUGGUUGUACUGGAAGCUUGAAUGUUUCUACAGCCUUAUUGGCAAACGUUCUUGCUCUAAGAAAUGGCGGAGCAUGCUGUUACGGUGGACAUCUUCGAAUACUGGAUGGAAACGACCAAGAACGUAUGGAAUACGGAUUUGAAAAAUCAGUGCGUAAUCUGAAUCAGCUCAACAAACGCAGUCUUCCCGCUUCUGAAGAGGAAUGGUCAGGAUCUGGUUAUUUCUGUGGACAGAUGAUUGGUCAGAGCGUGAACUACUUUUCUAGAGGAAACAAUGUCACUUUAGUCAUUUCUCUUCCCAGCAGAACUUCUUGGCGCCCACAGUCGUUUAGUUUGUAUUUAAUCUACAGGUUUGUGACUCGUGACACCGAGACUGGCCAGGACUCUCGUUAUUUUGGUAAUAAAGAAGCAGCGACGUUUUGCAGCAGACAGUACAAAAACUGUGUUAGAAAAAAAUGUCUGAUUCGUUCCCCCAACUUUCCUGGGACGUACCCCCGAAAUAUUACAUGUAAUUAUUUGAUAAAAGAAGAUAAUGUGGUUGCAGGGUUUCAGAACCAGAUAAUUCUUUCUCAGAAAAAUGUAUAUAAAAUUUCAAUAGAAAGCGGACUUCCGAGGACUGGUGCCAUCUCGCGUUGGUCUUUGACAUCAAAGUGUCCUCAUGAUGUAGUUCGUGUUUUCGAUGGCCCGACAGUAGAUUUUCCGGUAAUCGCACAGUUCUGUGGUUCUGGGCCAUUGGCGGCCAUCGUUUCUAGCAGGGGAACACUUCUUGUACAGUUGCAUAGCGUAGACUAUCAUAGACUUCAGGAAUCUCGGCUGGAAAUAGAGAUCGGUGUCAAAGCAGUUCCCAAGCCCUUGUGGCGAAUGUCAAAUAACGAGUGUAAGUUCUUCAUUGACGGAAGGGUCUCUGGUAAACGUCAAGGGAUUCUGAAAAGCCCUCAACACACUGUACCAUCAAAUACUACAUGUACGUAUGUACUGCGUGGGAGGUCGUCGUACGAUCGAGUGUGGAUUUAUUUUAUCUCCUACUUCAUCACAGACAGACAUCCUUGGCCCGUGGCUUCAGAGUUCUGUGAUACUGGAAAGAUAGAGGUGAUUGGUGCGUCAUCUGUCGGUUCCGUGAAUACAACUUACUGUGAAAAGAAUCCACCACCUCUCUGUGCGCGUGCGUCAGAUGGAGUAAAUAUGAUCCCUCUUCGUCCAUGUCGUUAUCCGGAAGAAAGUAUGUUAUCAUCGCAUUCCCACUUGCUGAUGAAAAUACACUACCCGUGCACGGCUGAGUUCACUACGGAUCAACCCGCUUUGAAGGCUCGUUAUGAGUUUAUUGACACACACCAGCCAGGAAGUCCAGUUGGGCGGUCACUCUGUGGUCGCUAUAUUGAUGGCCAGAUCUUUCGAUACGGAUAUUUAUCUUCCUCUAAAAAUGUGUUUCAUUUUGGUCGAGGAGGACGUAGACAUAUCACUUGUUCUUACACCCUUGUGGGAUCCAAAUUCUCCAGAAUUAUUAUUUCCAUGUCGAGAGUAUUUAUGCUUUCUCCUUCGUGUCAGACGGUUGUGGAUAGUUCAACUUCACGGCCAACGUGCAAGGAAUUUCAUCCACACACUCAGCUAAAGGCUUAUCUUAAAGUUACAGAAAACUGGUCUGGUGUGGACUUUUCAAUUGGAUGCUUCUGUAACACCACAACAGAUACAAAUGCUUCCAUUGAAAUAUCGUCAGCUAGUAACAACGUAACCAUAACUUUUACUGUCACGGGUAUGGGCGCGUUACACGACUUCAACCAUUUUCACUUUGAAGCAUUUUAUCGUUUUAUUCACUUCAACAUUUGUGAGUCUGCCUUAAUUCGUCGUGUUGGUUCGAGAGUGGAACUCCUGUUUCAAGUUUCUCAUAUCCUUCCUGGUGGAUUCCGAUGCAGGUGGUCCAUAGAGCCCUCCUACAGUAAAAACCUAUACUUAACCUUUCAAGGUACGAAUGCUUCGAAUGGGUGUCACCAUGGUAACGUUUUAAUAACGUACAAGAGGAACAGCGAAACGCGUAUUGCCACGGUUUGUGUAAACGGAUCUGCCGAAGAGUUUUCUAUUGACCCGUGGCACAAUCAGAGGUCAACCGAUGAAACCACCAGGCCCAGUAGAGACAAAAUCUUUCUAGAAGCGUUUAUUAAUUACCCUCAAUCAAUUCGUGUAGAAUGGUUCGAAAUGAAGAAACAUUCUUUGAAGACCCACUCUGGUCAAUCAUUAAGAAACAUCAAUUGUUUGGUAAGGUGUCCGGAAAUCAACGCUUGCAUCAGUCCUGACCUCUGGUGUGAUGGGACGAAACACUGUCCAUCGGGGUACGAUGAAUCAUCCGAGCAUUGUAGACAAUUUCCCGUAUUUUACUUUGCUGCAGGGGGUAGUGCCACUUGUUUUCUUCUUAUUUUGUUGAUUGGCUACGUGCUCAUUCGUUGUCGUCAUCGUGGCAGAAACAACCAUAUCAUCCGGGUUCCUACGUUCGACGUGUUUGAACUUGAAGGACGUCGCGGCGACAUACCUGACAGAUUUUCGCGUUAA